UGGUUAUAACUUCCGGAUACUACUUCCGGGUUUAUGCCUAGCUAGCUGCAUGUGUUUUUAGCAUUAUGCCGCUCAUAGUAAUGUGUGGUUUUCCAUGUAGUGGCAAAACACGAAGAGCGGUGGAAUUACAGGAAUACUUUGAACAGAAUACAGAAAGAAAGGUUCACAUUGUAGGAGAUGGAAAGUUGGGAAUUGAGAAGAAUGUUGUAUACGCAGAUUCUCAGAAUGAGAAAAAUGUAAGAGGAUCUCUAAGAGCUGAAGCAGAGAGGAGAAUCAACAAAGAGGAUAUUGUAAUUCUGGAUUCAUUGAACUAUAUCAAAGGUUACAGAUAUGAACUUUUUUGUCUGAUCAAACACACACAGACGCCUCACUGUCUGGUUUACUGUUUGACGUCAGCCGAAGUGAGCUCAACAUGGAACACAGAAAGGGAUGUUGAAGAGCAGUACACUCAGGAGAUCCUAGAUGCGCUGGUGCUGAGAUUUGAAACUCCAGACUCCAGGAACAGAUGGGACAGCCCACUUUUCACCAUUCAGAAAGAAGACACACUUCCAUUUGAAGCCAUCUCUGAUGCCAUCUUCAAAAGGAAGGCACCCCCUCCUAACCAGUCGACACAGAGUCAACCACUGUCAUCUACAAACUUCUUGUAUGAGCUGGACAAAGUCACGCAAGAUGUGUUGAUGGCAAUUCUCAACUCCCAGAAGACAAGUGUUCCAGGGGAUCUCAUUGCUGUUCCAGGCGCUACAGAAAAGAUAGAACUGACCAGAAGUCUAAACAUGGCAGAGCUCCGGAAACUACGACGCCAGUUCAUCAGCUACACCAAGAUGCACCCGACAGAGAAUAUUGGACACAUUGCUAACAUAGGCUGCAUCGAGGUUGCCCUUUUGGAUGGCAGUGCCAAAUAGCCUGUCCCAGUGGCUGAAGAAAGGUCUAUAGUUACUGUUGGGCUUCUGGUGGUGCAUGUCAUGAGCUGGUGCUCCUCCUAACAGACCAAAUGGUACCAGGUGGUUGAGACCCCAUGGCAGGUCAUAGCCUAUGUGGUCCUCCACUGACAUCCAGAUACUGAAGAUGGUGACGCACCAGGUAGUAAAAGGGUGGCAUUUCAGCAGGAUGGGGUCCAGGUUGCUCCAGAAUCCCACGGUUAUCAGUUCUGGAAUGCUGAGUUGCUGGGUGUUCCAGGAAAAGGGUGCCAUGUAUUCGUGGUGGAUGGCAUGGACCCACCGAUACAGUUGUGGAUGCUUGUGGUGCACAAAGUGCCACAUAUAGUACUGGGUGUCAAAAAGAAGAAGAGCAGCAAGUCCAUCAAUGAGAACCUCUACCACAGUUGGAGCACUGGAAGGCAGCACCACUGAAGGCAUAAAGCAGGUCUGAGUCAGCACAGCAGGCAGAACAAAGAUCAAGUGGUUAUACACAGCCCUUCCGAAGCUCUUUGCCAUCAUCCUCAUGGUUGGACGUCUCUCUUGCUGGAUCUUGUAGUGGUGAAUGGAGGGGACCUUGUCUCCCAGGAGGUCUAGUACAGCAAAGGGGAGACUGGAGAAGAAGUAACUGGAGAAGCAGAGUAUGACAGGGAAGAAGGGAGAGGAGAUGAGAAAGUAGUGGUUGAAAAGGAAAUAGUCCCAUAGAGGCUGAAGAAGCCUAUCGGAGGAUCUGGAGAAGGUAGGAACCUGCAAAGGCAACUGAACCUUGCUGAUGUUCAACAUCCUGGUUACUCUGGAUGCCUGUGGCUGUAAUGUGCAGAGAGAAGACAUUCUCCCUUUAUAUAGUGCUGAGCUAAGGACUUGGCUCUCACAUCAAUGAGACAGCUGUUUUUUUGUUUAAAAAAAUUCUGCAUACAAUUUCAACAAUAAGUCCUUUUCUGGUGGAUUUUGUUAAUCUUCCGGCACACACACAAACCUUUCGACCUUGACCAGUUCCAAGUUAGGGCCUGCAACACUGUCCUCCCACUGGCAGUUUAUCACAACAGGCCAGUUAGUUAAUCAGCUCAUUCAAAAUGGUAAGUCAUAUUGUACCAGAUACAGAUAUGUUGGUCCCUGCUUGAGUUAAUUAUACAUGUUACCUAUCAAGUUAAAACUGAAUUGCAAGGCAUCUUAAUCAGUAUAAUUUAUUAAAUUGAUAAUAUCCACAACAUUCAUUUCUUACAUAUUUGUAUUUCAAUUCGAGACCCCCAUGGUGACCUAUUCAUAUAAAAAUGGUCAAUCAUCAUUUUGAUUCUCAAUAGCAUUAGUUGAGUCCAUGAAAUCUGUUAUUUUCCAUCUGUUCAUUGGCUAUGUGCUCUUAAAUUAUUUUAGAAGAUUAGUGAGUUCAUUUAGUCAUAGAUUCCAAUCGUAUGUAAUCUUACUUAAUCCUUAUGUAGCCUAACCUGAUGUAAUCUUACCUAAUAAUCUGUUUGUGGAGCUACUUAGUUAAGGUCAAGAAAGCAAACCUGUCACAGCUAUUCUAUCCAGAUGCCAUGGUCAAACUCCCAAGAUUGUCUAGCCUGCCCACCUAAAAGACACAAAAACACAGUUCUGAGAAACAGAACACAGUUGCAUCCCACUGGGUAAAAACUGGUUGAAUCAUCGUUUCCAUGUUAUUUCAACAAUAAAAAAUUAUGUGAUGAUUAAAAAGGUUCAACCCUUUUUUUCAAUUUUCACCAAAAAUGACAUGCCCAAAUCUAACUGCCUGUAGCAAGGAUAUGCAUAUUCUUGAUACCAUUUGAAAGGAAACCCUUUGACGUUUGUGGAAAUGUGAAAUGAAUGUAGGAGAAUAUAACACAUUAGAUCUGGUAAAAGAUAAUACAAACAAAAAACAUGUGUUUAAAAAAAAAAUUGUUCCAUCAUCUUUGAAAAGCAAGAGAAAGGCCAUACACUCAAAUAGGAUUUUAGGUGUAAUUUAGAUGUUGUCCACAAGAUGGAAGCAGUGUGAGGUGGAGCGAGUUCCUAUAUUUGAAUACAUUUUUUCAAACAAAACUACACUAUCUUUGGGACCCUCAGGAUGACAAAUCAGAGCAAGAUUACUGAAUGUAAGUACAUUAUUUACCUUCAGAGGUGAAUGUAUCAAACCAGUUGCCAUGAUGUGUUUUGUUGUUGUGCACUAUCCUCAAACAAUAGCAUGGUAUUUUUGUUGUCGUAAUAGCUACUGUAAAUUGGACACCGCAGUUAGAUGAACAAGAAUUUAAGCUUUCUGGCCAUAAGACAUGUCUAAGUCACUGUUGUUUACAACGUCAUUCUAGUCACACUAUUGAAUAUUGAGCAACAACUGUUCCGGUUUAGGGACACUGAUCCCAUAGAUCAACGUGGGAAACUGAUCGGAUUGGCAAAAAGUCAAAGUAAGGGAAUUUUGUAUUUUUUUCAAACCUAAAUCCAAUUACACAGUGACAUUUUUUGUUGAUUUUACAUUGAAUUCGCAUUAGUUGACAACUCAACCAAAUGUAAAUCAAAACUAAACGUUGAACUGACGAUUGUGCCCAGUGGAAUAGCACUCAUCCUUAAAUGAUGAGUGUGUUAAAUUGUGAGAGAAUUGGAAAAGUGGCAACACUAAAGAGUCUACUGUAAAUUUAGGGCAUUGCAUUGAUUUUACAAGGCACUUGGAGGCUGUUACAGAGAUAAGAAACAUAAUGGGAGUGUCUGUGAUUACAAUGAGCACAAGCACCAGGGUUACUUGUACUGUGCCGGAGAGUGUUCUGCUGCAUGUUCACACCAGGGCAACAAGGCUGAGUGCUACUCCAGGACCGAGGCUCAAUCCUCACAACAAUGUUAACACUUCUCACCAAUCACAUCAGCUGGAUAACAUUACAAUACUUGAUUUAUUAGAAAUCAAUAAUGCAUUGAUAGAAGGGUUGCUCUUGAAUCACACAGAGCAAGCCUGAUCAACCACUGCCAUAGCGUUAACAUGUUGUCUCUGAUUAUUUCUUUUCGCUGGCUGCUUUCCGUGAAAUUGUUUUGUUUGUGCUGGCAUACUUGUGUUUAUCAUUUCUGUAAAUGAGAGAAAAUAGAUUUAUGAAUGCACAAUUUCAUCAGGUUUGAACAAAAAUAUAAUGCAAUUUAUUUUAAAGUAAGAUGAUGUGUUUAGACAUCGGUAUGCGUGCGUGUACAGUAUAGUACCUGCUCAUUUUGACUUUGCUCCUGCAGCCCAGUCCUCCCUCCCAGUGACUGGUGUAGGCUCCUCUCGUCAUCAUGCCUCCACAGCUGACACAGGGCUUCCCAUUGCUGUACGGCUACAAGUAAGGACAACAGCAGUUUAGGGUAAGCAUAUGGAGAUGCACUACUCUAGCCAUCCAGGCAGCUUACCUGCUCUUUACAGCAGUGACCACAGAUCAUCCUGGUAGCCAGCUCCAUGGGGUGGUCCUGGUCCUCGUCAUGACACACGUCACAGGGGUAGGCCCGGCCACAGCAUGAGAACCUGAGAGCACACCCAUGGGAUGUCACUCACCAGCAAAGUUUACUUUGGCAACACAAAAUGAUGUUAAAGGGAAAGAGGUGGCUAAGAACCUGAGCCAGCGAUGACUCUGUCUGUAGUGUUUGCAGGAUCCCUUUUCCGGUAGUGGUUUCCCCAUCUGUAUGGCAGGGUCCCUUAUGUUACGCCGAUAGGUCAGUGAAGAGUCACUGUGCCCUGUACAGUACAGUCAACUAUGUAUUACAGACAGAAUAGCCAAAACAGCUGUUUAACCUUCUUCCAUAUUUCAUCAUUAAAAUCAUACUACAGGCCUUUGUUUCUGACCGGUUUUCUCUUUGCGUGGCGGAAUGUACUGGAAUCGUGUGCUGUCAACCAGGAUGCUGAGUUUGCUGUGACAGUGCUGACAGUUGAACUCCUUGCUCUGGCCAUACAAAAGGUUCUGCAGACAAAAUAAUACACAAAAGCAGACUAAUCAAAUAACAGAACAGACCGUCUUAGAUCAAAACUUCACCCAGAUAUAAAUACUUUCAUCAUCAUAAGACAAGAAUGCAGCAAUGAACAGAGUGUUGGUGACCUUCACAGGUCCCUCUUUGGAGCAGUUGAGGCAGACAAUGACCAGAUCACAGUCCUGCAGGACCAGGUCCACAGGAGCAGCGGUACCCAGGUCCAGAUAGCCCAGGACGUCACUGUAGUGGUGCAGCAUGCUGGGUCUGAAAGCAGCACUGAUCCCUGCGUUACACUUCUCACACUGGGCCGUGCAGGGGUUCCUGCCAUUUAGAGUCAGGUCUGCUGUCACCUUACACCUGCAAACAACACACACAGGCCAGACAGACACACACUUAAGUCACAUCUCCAAGUCCCAUCAACACCAAAAAAAAUACUGCAGAUAAGUUUAAUCUUUCCUCCUAUAGGCAAUAUUCCAAGGGGAAAAUGUGAGAUACAGUGUAGGCUACAGUAGAUGGCAUCAGUGGAGGACAGUCUGUCUGCUCACCUGCUGCACUGCAGACACACAGUGAUCUGUGUGGCGACCACGGUCGCCAUGCCCUCUCCCAGCCUCAGGCCAAGCAGCUUCACCUCUGUUCCUCUGCGGGGCUCACUGAGCUUAAUAUUCUCCACAUUCCCCUGGUCCUCUUCAUCACUAACACCAUCAUCAUCAUCACAGCCAGGGUACAAUAGUUUUUUCCACUCCUCAUCUUCUCCUUCUCUGCUCUCCUCAUCAGUUGCCGUGUGGA